GCAACGCAGCCAAUAAAAAUCGUUAUCCUACGCUCACAUGCGCCACCAGCAAGCGCCUACCUCUGCAGCCAACCUGUGAUCCUUCCGGGGCUGAGCUGAGCCCCCUCCAAUGGCAGACACCAUCCACUUCACAUGAUCUCACUGUCACACACUUCGAGCUGAGCCCCUCCAGCGCCCCUACUACUGACUGACUGAAGACCAGGUCCUUACGCUCACAUGACGACAAUGGCAGCGCAAGCAAGGCGUCUUCUUCCCCAGUCGCCCCUGCACAAACUUCAGCAGCUGCUUGUCUUCGCUCUUUUUCUCCUCUUCUCCUCCCCGAGCUCGCACUGGUACUCAGCGGCAGCGGAUUACAGUGAGCAGGAAGGCGACCGGGUGGGGUUCCUCCCCGGGCAACCGAGGAGCCCUCCGGUGUCGCAGUUCUCCGGGUACGUCACCGUGAAUGAGCACAACGGGAGGGCGCUCUUCUACUGGUUCUUCGAGGCCCAGGCGUCGCCGGCUCAGAAGCCUCUCCUGCUCUGGCUCAAUGGAGGACCUGGUUGCUCAUCAGUUGGGUAUGGAGCUUCUUCUGAAUUGGGACCUCUCAGGGUUACUAGAUAUGGAGCAGGGCUUGAGUUCAACAAGUUUGCGUGGAACAGAGAGGCCAACUUGCUGUUCUUGGAGUCUCCUGUUGGGGUUGGCUUCUCCUACACCAACACAUCCUCUGACCUCACCAUACUGGAUGAUACUUUCGUAGCUGAGGAUGCAUACAACUUCCUUGUAAAUUGGUUCAAAAGGUUUCCGCAGUACAAGGACCAUGAAUUUUAUAUCUCCGGAGAGAGCUACGCAGGUCACUACGUGCCACAGCUUGCUGAACUUGUCUGUGGGAGGAACAAAGACAAAGCCAACACAUACAUUAACCUUCAAGGUUUCAUGGUUGGUAAUCCACUAACUGAUGAUUACUACGACUCAAAGGGUCUGUCUGAAUAUGCCUGGAGCCACUCAGUAGUGUCAGAUGAAGUUUACGAGCGCAUCAAGAAGGUGUGCAACUUCAGGAUCUCAAACUGGACUGACGAUUGUGAUAAAGCCAUGAACAUUGUAUUCAGCCAGUACCACGAGAUCGACAUUUACAACAUCUAUGCACCCAGGUGCAAUCUUCCUCAGUCAUCAGCAGCACUUGCUGUUGAUCGAGCCCUCACAGCUAAUGAUCAGGAACAUUUCAGGAGGAGGAUUAGGAUGUUCUCAGGAUAUGACGCAUGCUACUCGUCAUAUGCUGAGAAGUACUUCAAUAGGGAAGAUGUGCAGAGAGCGUUCCAUGCAAAUGUCAAUGGAACGCUCCCUCGGAAAUGGCAAGUUUGCAGUGACUCUAUUCUGAGGUCAUACAAUUUUUCGGUACUUUCCAUCUUACCGGUCUACUCCAAGCUCAUCAAAGCAGGACUGAGAGUCUGGCUCUACAGUGGGGAUGCAGACGGUAGGGUCCCGGUGAUCGGAUCGCGGUAUUGUGUGGAAGCCCUUGGCCUGCCUAUCAAGACACAGUGGCAACCUUGGUACCUGAACAAACAGGUUGCAGGAAGAUUUGUGGAGUAUCAUGGCAUGACGAUGGCGACAAUCAGAGGAGCUGGCCAUUUGGUGCCCCUCAACAAGCCUAAGGAAGGGCUCGCGCUGAUCGACACAUUCCUUCUGGGGAAACAGCUUCCCACACUUAGAUGACAAGGAAAUUUGACGUUGCGCUGAGGGUUUUUUAAUGCCAAAAACUGAUCAAUGAUUGGAAUACUCAUGUGGGAAAUGGGGACACAAUGACAAUUGAAAGAUACAUUUUUUCUGAAAGAAGGAAAAAUUUCAAUUUGAGGAUAUUCCUAUUGAACAAUAAUACUUGAAGUUACAUUUUGUA